UUGAAGAGGACAACAACUGAGAAGAGGAUGGAUCUGACAUGGACAGAAGUUCUACUUCUUCUCUGUAUACUUUUCACCCUUUUUUCAUCUUUCCAAAUGUAUAAGAAAAAAGGGCAGCUUCCCCCUGGACCUACUCCAUGGCCUAUUCUGGGGAACAUCUUUCAGCGAGAUGUACUACCUCUGUAUAAAUAUUAUGAAAAGCUUUCUGUGAAAUAUGGACCUAUAUUUACUGUCUGGAAUGGAUCAAAGCCAAUGGUUGCUCUUUGUAGUUAUGAAGUGAUAAAAGAUGCUUUGAUAGAUCAUUCAGAAGAAUUUGGUGGGCGAGCAGAAAUGCCUGCACAUAAGCGAAUUUUCCAAAAUAAAGGUCUGACUAGUAUUGAGAAGAAAUGGAGGGAGCUGCGACGGUUCACACUGUCCACCUUGCGAGAUUUUGGGAUGGGGAAAAAAAGAAUGUCUGCGAGGGUGCAGGAGGAAGCCCUUUGUCUGGUGGAGGAAAUAGCUGCUACAAAGGGGCAGCCUUUUGACCCAAGAAGAAUUUUUUCAAGUGCUGUUUCUAAUGUGAUCUGUGCAGUCGUCUUUGGCAAUCGAUUUGAUUACAAAGAUCGAACCUUCAUAAAGAACCAGAAGAUUGUGGAGUCUCAAUUAAGACACUCUGUUAGUUUCUUAGGACUGGUGUACAAUACAUUUCCAAAACUAGUGGAAUACUUUCCUGGGCCUCACAAAGUCAUUCUUGCUGAGCCUGAUGAUGUCUGUGAAUAUAUCCGUGAGAAGGUGGAAUUGCACAAAAAGACGUUGAAUCCCCAGAACCCACAUGGCUAUAUCGAUUGCUUCCUUCUUAGAAUGGAGAAGAUAGGUGAUAUAAUGAUAGCUGACUACAGGUGCUCAGCAUGGCAAAGUAAAAGUCUGUCAAUCUCAUCUCAAUAUGUUUUUCUCACAGUUAAGGUGCAACAGGAGAUUGAUGAGGUGGUGGGUACAAAUCGCACGCCAAGCAUGGAAGACCGGUUGAAGAUGCCUUUCACAAAUGCCGUCGUUCAUGAGGUUCAGCGAUAUCAGAAAGAGACCCUUGAGACUUUUCCUCGGGCAACAACUUGUGAUGUAAAAUUCCAUGGUUACACCAUUCCCAAGUCUAUGCCUAUUGCACCAGUCUUCGCUUCUGCACAUUUUGAUCCUCAUCAUUGGGAGACUCCACAAAAGUUCAAUCCCAAUCAUUUUUUGGAUGAACAGGGCCAGUUCAGGAAAAAUGAUGCUUUCAUGCCAUUCUCAGCAGGUACAAGCCUCUGGAACAGAUUAUAUUACAAAUUCACAUGA